AUGUCGAUUACCAAGAGUGCUAUUGCAUAUGCGUCGACGACCUUGGCUGCGUCCAUGAUGAACUCUAUCUUUCAGUUCUAUUACAUCAAAUUAUUUCUCAAUGGCUACAGAAUUAAUAAUACCUGGUUUUAUCGCGCUCAGCUCAUUUACUUGGUGUGGAAUGCAAUUAAUGAUCCAUUAUUUGGCUAUUUACAAGAUAGUUCCAAAGUUGCCUUCUCACGCCGCCGCAGGACUGCAAUUUUAUAUGGAGCUCCCAUAUUUGCGUUAAGCUUUUUAAUUCCUUGGAUACCUUGGACGGCCUUUGGUGACAGCGAUUGGGUAGUUGGAAUGCAUUUGAUUACCUCUCUCUGUUUUUACGAUGGCAUGUUUACGUAUGUUCUCUUAGCACAAUGUGCUUUGUUUGCUGAAAUCGCUACCAAGGAAUCUGACAGACAAACAGUCCUUAAAUACAGAUAUUUCCAAAUCUGUUGUGUUGUUAUUGCGAGUAUCAGCUACUUUGCAAUGACAUACACAGCAAGAUAUGCGAUUAAUAUUUCUGAUGCAGAAAGCUCUAACUCCGUCCUGAUUGAUAGCGGCGAAGAUGACAAUCCGUUAUCAGAUAUUACAUUGUACACCUUGUUUAAGCAAAUUACAACCAACAAGCAGUUUGCCUUAUUCGUAUUGAUGAAUUUUUUACAGAUUUUUCAUAAUACUAUUGGCAGUAAUUUCUUUUCAAUUUUCGCGGACAACUUGAUUGGUUCGUCUUUACUUCCCCAAGCAAGGAGCAUUAUGGCUGGUUCUGCCUUCGUUUUACCUCAGUUCGCACUGGCACUAGCAAUGUUUUUAAGUGGUCCUAGUAAUAUGAUAUUUUUAAUAUUCUUUAUGGUAUUGGAUAGGAGUUUACCAGAAGCCACAUUUUCUUUAUUCAAUUUAUCCGUCUCGGAUAUCAUUGAUGAUGACAGGGCUAAAUAUAAGAGAAGGGCUCCAAUCUCCUCUAUGAUUUUUGGUACCAAUGCUCUCUUUACUAAGCCUGCCCAAUCAUUAGCUCCCAUGUUUGUAGUUAGUUUUCUAACCGGCUAUGGUUACCAGAGAUUCUUGGGAGUCCCUAGUAUAACCCGCACGAAGUACAAUUAG